AUGGUGCGCGGCGUCAAGUUGUUCGACCAGUUUGAGCUGCAGUCGUCCAACGCGGGCGCCGGGGCACGCGUGCACAUGAACCUGACGCUGUGCCAGCGCAACCAGUCUCAGGCGACGGCCGUCUACUGCACGUGGGGCACACCGCGUGGACUGCCCAACGAUGCCGUGCGGCCUGUCGCGGGCCGGCGCGUCGCCUCUCGCUGUGAAGCCAAUGUCCAGGCGGUGCUCGGGGCCCGCGACCAGGCAGCCCUUGCACGAGCGGCUGCCGUGCACCUUCACGGUCCAGUUUCCGAGCUCAAAUGUGGCGCUCGAUUGCGCGGCUGCACCUUGAGCACGAUCUCCUCGUCCUGCUCGAUCGGCCCCAGCGUGGCCUUGCACGCGAGGCGCCAGCGGGGGAACCGCUUGGCCACCAUCUGCACCUCUUGGGAGCUCGGCUCGCUCAGCGCGUGGAGCCCCUUGGCCACCUCCACAGCGCAAGUGCAGCACGUAUCCUCCACGGCGCAACCGGGUGGCGCAAUUCACCAACUUUUGGCCAUAAACGGCACGUGGAAGGGCCUGCAGGGUGGCUCGUACUGGCACCAAGACGGCCAGUUCUGGCAAGCUCCGAAGCAGAAUAUCUUCUCGGUGCUCCAUGCGCAAGCCCUGCCGCCAGCAGGCGGCGGGACGGGCUUCGCCGACCUGCGCGCCGCCCGCAGCACGCUCUCGCAGCCGCUGCUGGAGCGGGCUGCUCGAGCUUCCAUCCGCGCGUCAUUAAUCAAGAUCUUGCCCAACCCGGGGGUGAGCUUCCGAGGGCCGACGGCGGAGGACAUUGCGCGGAUGCCUGAGGCGGAGCACCCAAUGCUGAGUCGGCGCUGCCUCGACGGCGGUCCUCUGCUGUACGUCGGCUCCAAGUACAUGGAUGUCGUGGGAUUGGAGACCGCCGAGGCCGGCAAGGCAUUGCUGAGUAAGUAUGCUUGGGACGUGGGGGACAUCCUGGUGUGGGACAACACGCAAGUCCUGCACCGCCCCUUUCCGUACGAUAACGACGGCACGAACGUGCGCAAGCUCUACCGCACACAGGCGUGGAUGCUGCCCGUCGCAGAGCCACGCGGCAAGCAAGAGCUCUGA